CCGAGGACCGGCCGGGGAGAAGGAGUUUCCCCGCGGGGCCGCCUCCGACAGGCACGUCUUCUGGGCGCAGGGCUGGAGGCACACGCCGAGCCAGACCGGUAGCACCUGGGUUUCUCCGGGCUGGUCGCUUGGCCCCUGGGUAUUUCUCUUGGAUAUUAACUUGAAAAUCUGAAGAAAUGGCAUUCCAGGCAAUUUGCAUGUUGGUUGGAGUAUUUGUUUGUUCUGUCUGUGUAAAAGGAUCUUCUCAGCCCCAAGCAAGAGUUUAUUUAACAUUUGAUGAGCUUCGAGAAACCAAGACCUCUGAGUACUUCAGCCUGUCUCACCACCCUUUAGACUAUAGGAUAUUAUUAAUGGAUGAAGAUCAGGACCGGAUAUAUGUGGGCAGCAAAGAUCACAUUCUUUCCUUGAAUAUUAACAAUAUAAGUCAAGAAGCUUUGAGUGUUUUCUGGCCAGCGUCUACAAUCAAAGUCGAAGAGUGCAAAAUGGCUGGCAAAGAUCCCACACAUGGUUGUGGGAACUUCGUCCGUGUAAUUCAGGCGUUCAACCGCACUCAUCUGUAUGUUUGUGGGAGUGGUGCUUUCAGCCCAGUCUGUACUUAUUUGAACAGAGGGAGGAGAUCAGAGGACCAAGUUUUCAUGAUUGACUCCAAGUGUGAAUCUGGAAAAGGACGCUGCUCUUUCAACCCCAAUGUGAACACAGUAUCUGUUAUGAUCAAUGAAGAACUUUUCUCUGGAAUGUAUAUAGAUUUCAUGGGGACAGAUGCUGCUAUUUUUCGAAGUUUAACUAAAAGGAAUGCAGUCAGAACUGAUCAACACAAUUCCAAAUGGCUAAGUGAACCUAUGUUUGUGGAUGCACAUGUCAUCCCAGAUGGAACUGAUCCAAACGAUGCUAAGAUUUACUUUUUCUUCAAGGAGAAGCUGACUGACAAUAGCAGAAGUACAAAGCAGAUUCACUCCAUGAUCGCUAGAAUAUGUCCUAAUGACACGGGUGGACUGCGCAGCCUUGUCAACAAGUGGACUACCUUCCUAAAAGCGAGGCUGGUGUGCUCGGUAACCGAUGAAGACGGCCCGGAAACACACUUCGAUGAAUUAGAGGAUGUAUUUCUGCUCGAAACUGAUAACCCAAGGACAACACUAGUGUAUGGCAUUUUUACAACAUCAAGCUCAGUUUUUAAAGGAUCAGCAGUGUGCGUGUAUCAUUUAUCCGAUAUACAGACUGUGUUUAAUGGGCCUUUUGCCCACAAAGAAGGGCCAAAUCAUCAGCUGAUUUCCUAUCAGGGUAGAAUUCCAUAUCCUCGCCCUGGAACUUGCCCAGGAGGAGCAUUUACACCCAAUAUGCGAACCACCAAGGAGUUCCCAGAUGAUGUUGUCACUUUCAUUCGGAACCACCCUCUCAUGUACAAUUCCAUCUACCCGAUCCACAAAAGGCCCUUGAUCGUCCGGAUAGGCACUGACUAUAAGUACACAAAGAUAGCUGUGGAUCGAGUGAAUGCUGCUGAUGGCAGAUACCAUGUCCUGUUUCUUGGAACAGAUCGGGGCACCGUGCAGAAGGUGGUGGUGCUUCCGGCCAACAGUUCUGCCAGCAGCGAGCUCAUUCUGGAGGAGCUGGAAGUGUUUAAGAAUCACGUUCCUAUAACAACAAUGAAAAUUUCAUCUAAAAAGCAACAGUUGUACGUGAGUUCCAACGAAGGGGUUUCCCAAGUGUCCCUGCAUCGCUGCCACAUCUACGGCACAGCCUGUGCCGACUGCUGCCUGGCCAGGGACCCUUACUGCGCCUGGGAUGGCCAUUCCUNGUCCUGUAUAUAUUUCUGCACUUACAGGAGGAGCCGAAGACAAGAUGUGAGGCAUGGCAACCCACUGACCCAAUGCAGAGGAUUCAAUCUCAAAGCAUAUAGAAAUGCAGCUGAAAUUGUUCAGUAUGGAGUCAAAAACAACACCACUUUCCUCGAGUGUGCCCCCAAGUCUCCGCAGGCAUCUAUCAAGUGGUUGUUACAGAAAGACAAAGACAGGAGGAAAGAGGUCAAGCUAAAUGAACGCAUCAUAGCCACUUCCCAAGGACUCCUCAUCCGCUCCAUUCAGGAUUCUGACCAAGGACUGUAUCACUGCAUUGCCACAGAAAACAGCUUCAAGCAGACCGUCGCCAAGAUCAACUUUAAAGUUCUAAAUUCUGAUAUGGUAGCUGUUGUAACAGACAAAUGGUCCCCAUGGACCUGGGCUAGCUCCGUGAGGGCUCUGUCUUUCCACCCGAAGGACCUCAUGGGGGCAUUCAGCCACUCAGAAAUGCAGAUGAUUAACCAGUACUGCAAAGACACUCGGCAGCAACAUCAACACGCAGAAGAAUCCCAAAAGAUGAGAGGGGAUUAUGGCAAGUUAAAGGCGCUCAUCAACAGCCGGAAAAGUAGAAACAGGAGGAAUCAGUUGCCAGAGUCAUAAUGUUUUCUUACAUGGGGCGUAUGCUCCCCAUAGUCUUCAAUGGUCUGUCUGUCUUCAGUAAUCAAAUGUCGAACAAAGAAUCUUGUUCUUACCCACGGGAAAUUCCUGAGAAAGAUGAUUACACACUCCUAAAGUGAAUGUUACAUGAACUGAAACACGCAUGCAUUUUCUUGUAUGAUAGUGACUAGUGCUAGACAUGUCAUGAUCCUCAUGGUGCAUAUAAAUAUUUAAAUUAACCUAGAUUUUAUUUAUAUCUUUAUUUACCUUUUCUUCAAAUUAAGAUGGUGGUGAUGAAACUAGAAUUCUUACAUCCCUGCAUUGAACGAGGGCCAUAACCCUGUGGUCUUCCUUCCUUGUUUUAAGGAUCUCUAAGGUCACUGAUUUUGUGUAUGAAAACAAAUACCAAAGUCACAACUUUUAUAUGGUCAGAGUCAUAUAAAUGCAUAGAGUAGUUGUCAAAGACUAGAAAAAAGACAAGGAAGAGGGCAUCUGAAAGUUAUAUAAAAUCAAAGUACUUCAUGAAGAGAUAAUGAGUUUAUAUGCUCCCAGUGAACUAUGUUGCUGGGUACUUUUAGCUUUGUAAAAAUUGUCGGUUGCUAAGAUCUGUCACUGACUUGUUGCCUUGUUUCCAGUAGAUAAAAUGAAUGACCCUCAUGGCAAACAGCUUUGAUUGGAGUUAUGUCAGUGAAGCAUUUAUGUUUAUAUUCUUAUGCUAUCAUAUUCCGAACAAAAGCACUUUUUUUUUUGAAAUCCUUUAAGUUAUUCAGACUCAGAGACUAUAACCUAAUGCUGUUUAAUAGGUUGAGUUUGUUCUAAUUUUUUAGUCUGUGUGAGAAAUUAGCCAAUAUAAGAAUAAAACUAUUUUGUAAUAUCAAAUUUGUAUAUGAGGGCUAAAACCAUCAAAAUGGAAUAAUGAGAA